AACGAUUCGUAGUUGCGACGACUAAUUCUUUCAGGUAUUUCAUAUGCAGCUUCAGUAUUUUGGAAUAAAAGUGCUAUGAUGAUGUUUUUAAUGGUUACAGGAACCACAAUGGCAUUGUUUGGCGUCAUUGCUUACAUUAAGUUGAAGUCAAUGAGGCCAGUCGACAGAAUGCGACUACUGCUGUCAAUUGUCGUGAAACUGAAAUUUUUUCAACUGAUUAAAAUGUUGGGACUGGAUUCACGGAUGAGGCCGAACCUAAUACACUCUAAAGCUUCAAAUGGCUUCAAAUAUUUAUUGCCUCCAACGUUUGCUCCAGCAAUUGAAGAAAUUUUAACAUUCAAAGUGAGAGAGGAUGACGUAUACGUCGUUACAUACCCCAAAGCAGGGACGACUUGGAUGCAGGAGAUAACGUGGCUGAUAUGUAACGAUUGCGAUAUAGAUGGGGCAAAAAAGCAAUCAAUAACAAUGAGAUUCCCGAUGAUAGAAGCUGUUGAUUCUCCCAUGAUCAAGGGAAUUCAUACACUGGAAGCUUGGCCAGAAAAUAAGCAGAGACUGAUAAAGACUCAUUUGCCGUAUGAACUGCUGCCAGCAGAUAUAGGAAACGGCAAAAAAUGUAAAAUAUUGUACGCAGCAAGAAAUCCAAAAGAUUUAUGCGUUUCGUUUUAUCAUUUUCACCGUAUGCUCCCAACAGCACCAAACCCAGGAACAUGGGAACAAUUUCUUACCAAAUUUUGCACUGGAAAUGUAGCAUAUGGGAGUUGGUUUGAUCACACUUUGAAAUUUUGGGAGAAAUAUCAAGAGGACAAGGACAGAAUAUAUUUUGUCACUUACGAAGAUUUGAAGAAAGAUCUUCGAAAAGAAGUUGAAUCAAUAUCAAAAUUUCUUGAAAAAAAAUUGUCAGAACGACAAUUGGACGUUAUUUCCGAACAUUGUACAUUUGACAGCAUGAGUAAAAACAGAAGCACAAACAUGUCAGGAAAAAAUAAUAUUACCACCAAAAAGUCAAAGUUCAUGAGAAAGGGACAAGUUGGUGAUUGGAAAAAUCAUUUCACGAUAAAUCAAAGUUCAGCUUUUGAUGAGAUGUAUGAAGAAAAAAUGAAAGGAACAGGACUGAAUAUUCCAUUCCACCGAAUUAUCUACUGUAAAUCAAUAUUUAGAAGAAAAAUGAUGUUAGAGUUAGGAGUUUCCGUGACCGCAUCUGCCUUGUUCGCUGCCAUUGCCUACUUCAAAUUGAAGUCAAUGAGAAAAGUCGACAAAUUAAAAUUACUACUUGCGAUACUGGGAAAGCUGAAAAUUCCACAAAUGCUUCGUCUAACGGGACUAGAUGUGCGGAUGAGGCCAAAAUUAACUGAAUGCACAGCUUCGAAUGAAUUCAAACUUCUUCUGCCUCCAAUGUUUACUGCUACAGUUGAGGAAGUGUUGAAAUUCAAAGUGAGAGAAGACGAUGUAUAUGUCAUUACAUACCCCAAGGCAGGGACAACUUGGAUGCAAGAGAUAGCAUGGCUGUUAUGCAACAACGGAAAUAUCGAUGAGGCAAAGAAACAGUCAGUCGCAAUGAGAAGCCCGAUGCUUGAAACAGUAGACUUUACUAUUAGCAAUGGGAUUCAGUCUCUAGAAACAUGGCCGAAAGAUAAGCAAAGAGUGAUAAAGACUCAUUUUCCGUACGAACUGUUACCAGAAGACAUCAAACAAGGAAAGAAAUGCAAAAUUAUUUACGUAGCAAGAAAUCCAAAGGAUUUAUGCGUUUCGUACUAUCAUUUCCAUCGGAUGAUUACAGGAAUGCCUGACCCAGGAACAUGGGAAGAAUUUCUUGCGAAAUUUUGCUCUGACAAACUAGGAUACGGAAGUUAUUUUGACCACACUUUAAAGUUUUGGGAGAAAUAUCAAGAUGACAAGCAACGUAUACACUUUGUUACGUACGAGGACUUGAAGAAAGAUCUUCGGAAAGAAGUUGAAUCAAUAGCAAAGUUUCUUGAAAAGAAGUUGUCGGAUAAACAGAUGGACGCCAUUUCGGAACAUUGUACGUUUGGCAGCAUGAGCAAAAAUAAGAGCACUAACAUGUCUGCUGCUGCAAAAUAUGGCAUGGAUCUGACAAAAUCCAAAUUUAUGAGAAAAGGAGAAGUAGGCGACUGGAAAAACCAUUUCACAAUAAAUCAAAGUUCAGCUUUCGAUACGAUGUACCAAGACAAGAUAAAAGAAACGGGAUUCGAUAUUCAGUUCGAAAUAUGAGUUCCAAGAAUUCUUCACUGAGUUAAUGUUAGCUAAAUGAAGAAGUAUAGUGAUUCAAAUCGAACGUUAAGAUUAUGUAUACGUGCUUUGACUUAUACAAAUUUACACUUUCCAUUUAAUAACAAGACUACAAACUGCUUUUAGGAAGCUAGUUUUUCUGUGUUUUGUUUUGUUCUCUCAAGCUGUUAUACCUAUCAAUAUUGAUUGCGCGAACAUUUCUGUGUGUAUCUUCUUGUUCUGUUUUUUUAAUUGAGAUGUACAUAUACAUCAAGAUUACGCAACUAAUAGUUAGUCUGUUAUAUUUGUAUAAGCAUUUAGAAGACGAUUUAAUACUUAUUACAUUUGCCGAUGCAGUUCUGACAAAUACAAGACUUUUAUAUGCAUUAAAAUUUUCAUUCACACGCAUUUUCAUUCACACGUUUUGUGUACCUACUUUCCACAUCUCCACGUUAACUAUUUUCGUGCUUGAGAAAUUAAUUUUAACUUUGGCUAAUAAAGAAAUCUUACCAAUUUUGAUA